UCUGCCUUCGCCUUCUGACAGGAGGGGGCACAGGACACACACAUGUAAACCUUGAAUCCUAUGCAGGGAGUUUCUCCCUUUCGGAUUCUGGGAUGACCCUCCUCUUACUGCUUUGGAAUUCUUUACUUUGGAAACCAGGUUCCUUCCUGCUCUCUCUUACGGAGCCCCCUUCAGGGUCGGUCAAGGACAGGAACACUGUUUCUCAAGCCUGAGAUUUUCAACAAAGAGAAUGGGCCGUAGAGUAUUAUGUUUUACUCCAGGUCCAGCUUAUACGAUCUUCCUUGUGGAGAAGACACCCGGAAAGAGAGGCGGCACUCACAUAAGGCAGAAUUGCCACGUGAGCGAAUGCCAUGGUUCUGCGCUAUCCUUGCAAAGACUGGCUGGCGUUCUGGAUCGUUGGAAGAAAAUCAGAGCACACCAAGGCCUCGUUGCCCUCACAUACAAACAGCCAAUGUUAUCAACAUGAGGAAGGCUCUGGCGUCACAGAAAUCACCACCCAAUGUAAGCCACCCUCCUAAAUUCAAGGUGAAGAGUUCGCCUCUGAUCGAAAAGCUUCAGGCCAACUUAGCUUUUGACCCAGCAGCCCUGCUGCCUGGCGCGUCCCCCAAGAGUCCUGGACUCAAGGCCGUGGUGUCGCCAUUCCAGAGCCCGCCAUCCACCCCCAGCAGCCCCGGUGUGCGGUGUCAGGCCGGCGAGCUGGAGGAGGUGCCGGUCAGCUUUGACCAGCCCCCGGAGGGCAGCCAUCUGCCCAGCUACAAUAAGGUGCGGACGAGGGGCUCAAUAAAAAGGCGCCCCCCCUCCAGGCGAUUCCGAAGGUCCCAGUCGGACUGUGGGGACCUGGGAGGCUUCAGGGCCCCCGAGUCUUCCCAGGAGAAUGGUGCCAAGGAAGAGAAUGGGGAUGAAGUGUUCCCAGCCAAGAGCAAGGCCCCAGGAUCCCCACUGCCCAGCGAGGGGCCGGCGGGGGAGCUGGGGUCCCAGGAGAAGCCUCCUCUGAGGAGGACGUCCAGCAGGACUGAGAAGCAGGAGGAGAAGGGCAGGGCCCCGGAGGAAGCCCAGCAUCACAGGAAGGCUGUGGGGGCCUCUGAAGAGGAGGCUGUUCCUCUAGCCCAGGCCUCCAACCCGGAGGCAGCCAAUGGGUGCAGGAGCCCCACAGGGGAAAAGCCAGCCGGAGCACAGACAGAAAAGUCUGCAGAGGUGAAGGAGGAGAAGGCAGAAAAUGAAGAGGAUGAGCCCAGGCCGAGGAGCCAGGACACAAAGGAGCUGGCAGAGGAAGCUGCGGGGGAGGCCCCACCAAGCCCCCCUGGAGGAGUGAAGGGUGGCCACGACUUUGAACAGGGGAAGGGCGAGGAGAAGUCCGAGGAGGGGACCGUUCUGGAACCAGGCUGCAGCCCCAUUGAUGAGGCCCCCAAGACCGAGAAUGACACUCCUGUCCAGGACACUAAAAUGUGAAGUGCCCGUUGUGCCUAGUGAUAAAGCUGCCGGAGACCUCUCUCUAGAAGCAACAGUAGCAGCAGCAAGUGAAGCCGUCGCCAAAGCAGAAUUACGUGGAGGGUCGGAGGCAGCCUGAAGACCCAGCGUGUUAUUUCCAGGUCUCCACACUGAAUGUCCCCUCACAGACAGACAUCGGCCAGAGGGCAGCAGCCUUGUAUCAGCUGGAUUUGUGUCACUUGAUGGAUCUGGUUAAAAACAAACAAAAUUACUUAAAACUAUUUACUGUGGUGGCAACUCCCAGGAAUACUGGUCAACUGCGGGGCCUGAAUCCUUUCCACACCCACCUGUCCCUGCGGCUGACGUCGGAACUGGAUUCUGAUUUAGCUUAUCAGAUUUAGUUUGUGUAAAGCAAUAGCUCUUUUACUGUUCUGAAGUUUUUAUGAUUCUCAGAUGUAUGUAAAAACAAAUUUCAGGUGGCUAGGAACAAAGGAACCUAGUGUUGCUGGAAAUACAGGUCCUGUAAGUGACAGAAGACCUUCGAUUGCAUCAAGACCCUCAGACGAUCUCUCAGCUUCAUCCAAAUUUGAACUGGCCAACCAAGUUUUAAAAUACUGGACUGGAAAGUGAUACUUAUUGCAACAUGAGAAAGAUAGGGACCUGUUCCAGCCACCGGAGCUUUUACUUCUGGGUAGUUUUCUGGUUGAUGGUACACUGGGAGGUGACAGGCUCAGCCCGCCCUCUUCUGCUGGGAACAAGGAUGUGGAGGCGCGGAGCAAAUCUCAUGGCGAAGCAGAUGUCCCGAGGAGUCAUGGCUCUGGGCGCUGCAUUUGCUCUGUGCAGGGCAAGGGUACCUUAACAAUGCCUGCCCUCUGAUGUAUCCUGGGAGGGGAGAUUUGCACUUCCAGAAGGAGAUCCUUGAGCAUGGAGUAGGUCUUUCCUGGGUGGCGCUUUGAGUGUGACGGUUUGAAAGGUACAUAACAAACACAUGCUUCCCAGAGUCCCCGGGAAGCUGCUCUUGAAUAAAGCCCAGGCUCUCUUUUCAGACUCCG